GGAAUAUAGAUAAUGGCUGGGCAUGGGUGGUUAUGAUGGCGGCCUUCGGUAGCCAGUUUGUGACAGCGGUAUUGAGUUACGGUGUUGGUGUGUUGCACAACGCAUUUCUGAGUGAAUUUAAAGGAAACUUGACAAUUACAGCUCUGGUGGGAUCAAUAUUUGCAAGUCUUCUAAGUCUUUUAGGGCCUAUUGUGAGUUUUGUUAUCAACAAGUGGAGCUGUAGAGUGGCUGGCAUCAUUUCAGGAAUUUGCCUUUUUUCGGGACUGACAUUAAGCGUAUUUGCUCCAAAUCUAAUCACAUUAAUAUUCACCUUUGGAAUUGUUGCAGGCAGCGGGCUUGGAUUUAGUGCAAUAACUGCUGUUAUUGUAGUGGGAUAUUCCUUUGAGAAAUAUCGUGGAUUGGCUGUUGGUCUAAAUGUGGCAGGAGCAGGUCUUGGAAUGUUGGCUGGUGGUCCUUUAAUUCAGUUCCUGAUUGAUCAAUAUGGACUUAGAGGAGCAUUGCUAAUCCUGGGAGCCUUCGGAAGUCACAAUGUCGUGUUUGGUGCUUUGAUGAGGCCAACCGAAAUUGAAAUGUCGUACAAGAAUAAAGGAAAGACUUUACCAGAAAAGAGAAGUAGCAUGUGUAACUUUCGUUGUGAUAUUCUCAAGAAAAAAUCUUUUCUCUGUAUUCUUAUUUCUGCAUUCCUGUGGAAUAUACCUUACGCCAUUUUGUACCUUUACCUCCCCCGAUUUUCAGUUGUGAACGGUGCCACGGAAAUGGAGGCUGCCUCGUUGAUUACAAUGUUAGGACUUGGGAGCACUUUAAAUAGACUCCUAGCUGGACUGAUAUUAGGUCCAGGUGGAAUAGACCCUCUACUUCUCAACUUUGGUUUUCUUGGAAUAUUUGGUCUUACCACUGUCACUUUCCCAUUUUAUUGUACAAAUUACAUUGGGCAAAAUAUUUAUGCUUUUAUUUCUGGUAUAUAUAGCGGAGGAUUAAUUGUCUUGAUAAACCCUCUCUGUUUAGAGAUAGUUGGUAUCUCUCAACUGUCAACAGCUGUAGGGGUAUAUUUUACGUGGGCGGGGAUAGGUUGUAUAUUAGCAGGACCAUUUGCAGGUCUCUUGAUUGAGAAUGGCAUUACAUAUAAAGGCGUAUUUUUUCUGUCAGGUGCAAUGUGCCUUUUAGGCGCUUUUUCUACUCUGUGUGCAUCUCUAUGGUACAACACUAUAAAGCCAGAGGAGAAAGCUGCCUCCUUUGUGGACUUCAAAGAAAGCCGUUUUCUUUCCGGAUCAGCCUAUUUCUCUGGCUCCUUCACCGUUAUUGUUGAUGCUGAAAAUAGACAGAAAUUAAAGAAAAGCUCCGAAAGUGUUGCAAAAACAUCUAAUUGUAAUCCGAGCAUGGAAAGUCUCUUCAUGGAUACACAUUCACUGCAUGCAGUUAGAAAUCCCCAAAUCGCAGAUAGAGCAUCUACACUAAUACUGGAGAAUUUCACACCAAAGUCAAAAAGAAAAUGGCUGACACGUCCGGGUCAGAGUAUGGACCAAUCACAGGAAGGCUUACAGAUUCAGGAAAUUAGACUGCUACAUAUUGAUGAAUCGGGCAAAAUCUCCACCGACAACAAAUCAAUGGAAAUUAAAAUGGCCGAUAAAGAAUAUCCAGAUUCUACUUUGAUCAAAAGUAAACAUGAAGAGAAAACCAACAGAGAUUCCUUCAUAAAUCACGAGAAGAUCUUUUCGUCUGAUGUCGAUCGUGGAUGGGCUUUUGUGGUACUCGCGGCUUCCUUCUUUAGCAUGUUUGUUGCAGCAAUUCUUACAUAUGGUACCGGUGUAAUACAUGUUGGUUUACUGGAGAAAUUUCAAAAGGAUGCAGCUUUCACUUCUUUGAUAGGAUCUGUGUUCUUAAGCUUAUUAUCACUUAUGGGCCCGGCUGUAAGCUUUGUUGUUAACAGAUGGAGUUGCCGAGUCGGUACAAUAUUGGGAGGCCUCCUAGUUUGUAUUGGCAUCUCUUCUAGUUUUUUCGUGGAGAGACUUUCUGUUCUUAUUGUGACUUAUGGCGUCAUAGCAGGGUCUGGUAUGAGCUUCAUCGUUUUAGCACCAGUAAUAGUGAUAGGAUAUGCAUUUGAAAAAUACCGCGGGAUGGCUGUUGGAUUCGCCGUGAUGGGAGCUGGAUUUGGGAUGUUUGUUAGUGGGCCCUUAACACAAUUUCUUUUGGAUACUUUUGGUCUCCAAGGAGCAUUUCUAAUCCUAGGGGGUAUUGGAUUACAGUGUGUGUUUCUCGGCUCGCUAAUGAAACCAGCUCAGCUGGAAAAGAAACAUAAAAUUGAUAUACGUCGUGCUAGGUUAACAAAACAUGAAGAAACACAACCGAGUAGCAAGUGUAAAUUAAAUUGUGAACUUCUUCAUAAUAAGACAUUCAUUUUGAUAGUUCUGAGUGCGUUUUUAUGGAAUGCUGCUUAUUCCAUUAUCAGUGUUAAUCUCAGUAAUUAUGCGUACUCAAAGGGGGCAACAAAGCAAGAGGCGGCCUUCUUAUGGACAAUGGUGGGCAUUGGAAGCACCGUGAAUCGUUUUCUAGCUGGGUUAACAUUAGGACCAAAUGGCAUCGAUCCAUUGUUGUUAGAUUUCGGGUUUUUAGGUAUCAUUGGUAUUCUGACUCUGACGUUUCCGUUGUAUGCUAAUCUUUUUAGUGGUCAGUGUAUAUUUUCUUUAUUUUAUGGAAUCUAUAGUGGGGGUCUUGUUGUUUUAAUCAACCCUUUAUGUUUGGAGUUGGUUGGUUUACAACAGUUGCCACUGGCGGUAGGGUUUACGUAUUUCUCUGGCGGUGUUGGAUCUAUUAUUGGGCCUCCAUUUACAGGAUUGUUGGUGGAUGCCAUGAGCGACUAUUCCUUUGCAUUUUACCAGACAGGAGGACUGUUUUUACUAGCAGCUCUUUUAGUACUGAUAUCGUCACUUUGGAGGAGUGAAAAUGAAUUUUUGACAGCCGUGUCUUUAGUAAGUCUUAACAGUGCAAGACUUCUUUCGGGAUCGGCCUUCAUUUCCGGGUCGCUGUCCUUGAUAGUUGACCCUAUGAACAUUGCACGUGCAGAUUCUGAUUCAAUAUACAGUCAUCAGUCGUUUAGGAGAGCUUUAGAUAUCAGCAGUGACAAUGUGGCCAAAAUUUUACUUGAGAGAAAAUACCAAGGAAGAGACAGAACUGUCAGUGAGAACGAUGCUCAGUUUACAAAUAAGUACCGGAACAGCCCAAUCGUAUUUAACAAACGUACUGUCAGUGUUGAUCUAGGUGGAGAUAAAUCGAAGGAAAGAGUUAAUUCAAGCGAGAAUGGCAGUGUUCUAUGAUCUAGUAAAAGAAUUCGAUCCAUAUUAAUAUACAAUGCUGUUAUUUGUCUCUAAAGAAGAUCUUUUUAUUUUUAUA